AUGGCCCCGUCGAGUGAGCGCGGCCAGCCAGCCUACGAUUCCGGCACACUGCGGGACCUGCUCCUCAUCAGCGCUCCCGCAAUCCGCACGCCUCAAGACCGAGCCGACGCCAGCGGAACCCCCGUCUUGGAGACAUCCGGCCUAGGAUCACUGAGUGUCCAAUCGUCUUUGCUGGAACAUACUGACGCCGCACAAGCUGCAGAGGCCAAGGAAACUCUUCUGUGA